GGAAGCACCCAUGGCGGAUGUUCUUAAAGCAUGAUUGUAUACCUUAACCUAAUCUCCAUGUGUAAACAUUAUUUUUGACGUCUAAUGAAGCAAAAGAAUGGCGCACAGUAAAAUAUUUUUUAAAAAUCGUGCAUUAGGAUAUGUUAGCAAUCACAUUCCCCUCGUGACGAGGUACAUCGAACGACGAAAAGAAAAUCUCAUAGUGACAUGCGUGGGAAAUUCGUUUCACACGUACGGCUGUACACAUUUUACGUUACUAAGUGUAUCAGGAACACAUCCAGGUGAAAUUACAUGUUUAUCAGCGGAUAGAUAUCACAUUUAUUCAGCGUGUGAAAAUGUCAUAUGUGCUUGGCGAAGAGGUACAGAACUGAAGCACACUUACAAAGGACACGAAUGUGCUGUGCACAGCCUAUUACCCUUUGGUCCACAUUUAAUAUCUAUCGACGAAGAGAGCAAUGUUAAAGUGUGGGAUAUUAAAUCUGAAGAACUUGUUGUACAACUUAACUUCAGCAAUAGACAUUUUAAAAUAACUACAGUAGUUCAUCCUAAUACUUACAUGAACAAAGUAUUAUUUGGUAGCGAACAAGGUCAAUUGCAACUAUGGAAUUUAAAAAGUGCCAAGGUUAUUUAUAUAUUCGAUGGUUGGAAUACGCCUGUAACAGCAUUGGAACAGGCUCCUGCGGUAGAUGUUGUAGCUGUGGGUUUGAGCACUGGAAGAAUCGUCUUGCAUAAUCUGAAAUAUGAUGAAAGUCUUUUCGAGUUGAUACAAGACUGGGGUGCGGUCAUAUCAAUUUCUUUCCGUACAGAUGGUCAUCCAAUUAUGGCCACAGGAAGCUUGGAAGGUCACAUUGUAUUUUGGAACUUGGAGGAACAGAAAGUAGAAAGUCAACUUCAUAAGGCUCAUUAUGGAUCGGUCACUGGUUUAAAAUAUUUACCAAACGAGCCGUUAUUAGUAUCAUCGUCACCUGACAAUUCCUUGAAGCUAUGGAUAUUUGAUUUAGCCGACGGUGCAGGCAGACUUUUGAGAAUCAGAGAAGCUCACUCAGAACCUCCUACCAUGAUACGUUUUUAUGGAGAGGAAGGUCACAGCAUAUUAACAGCUGGAAGUGACUCUUCUUUAAGAAUAUUUUCCACAGUCACAGAAAUAUUAAACAAAAGUUUAGGAAGAGCUUCGUUCAAUAGAAAAGCUUCAAAGAAAAAAGGACGUGCCGUCAGUGAUCCUAUGAUAAUGCCUCCAAUAGUUACAUUUGCUGCAGAAACAACAAGAGAAAAAGAAUGGGAUAACGUUGUAACAACUCAUUCGGGAUUGGGUACAGUUACUACCUGGUCUUUCAAUGAAGCAAGAAUGGGAGAAUUCAAAUUAUUUCCAGAAAAAUUUAAAGGCAACCGCAAUGUUUUCGCAACUACUGUAUGCUUGACAAAAUGCGGAAAUUUUGUUAUUAUCGGUUAUAAUACAGGUCAUGUGGAAAAAUUUAAUAUACAAUCAGGAAUUCAUAGAUGCAGCUAUGGAUCUGAAAAAGGAGCCCAUAGUGGACCUGUAAAAGGUUUAAUGGUAGAUUCUUUGAAUCAAACUGUAAUUACUGCUGGAAGAGACGGUGUUAUAAAGUUCUGGGAUUUUAAACCGAGAAAAGGAGUUACAGAACCGAGAGCAACGUUAGCAAUGGAAGAAUCAAUUGAAUGGUUAAGAUAUCAUAAUGAUAGUUCUCUCGUGGCUGUUGCUUUGGAAGAUUUUAGUAUCGUAUUACUAGAUCUUGAUACAAGAAGAAUUGUACGCCGUUUCGAAGGACACGAAGGACGGUUAACGGACGCAUGUUUUAACCCAGACUCAAGGUGGUUGAUAACAGCAUCAAUGGGCUGUACAAUCUGCGUAUGGGAUAUUCCUUCUUCAAACCUAAUAGAUAUCUUUCAGGUUCCAGAUGCAUGUACAUCGUUGCAUUUUUCUCCUACUGGAGAAUUUCUUGCUACAACACAUGUCUGCAAUCUCGGGAUAUAUUUAUGGUCAAACCGCACUCUUUAUUCCCAUAUUUCAUUACAAGCCGUACAUAGAGACGAUCCGAUUCCUAUGAUCGGCCUUCCUGGUUCGGUAAUUGAAGUUAUCAACCUCGAAGAAGACGAACUUCUUGAACCAGAGCCAGAAUAUGUUUCUCCAGAACAAUUGCCGAAUAAUCUCAUCACAAUGUCCGGUUUUGCCAGUUCAAGGUGGCAGAAUUUGCUGAAUAUAGAUAUUGUGAGAAAACGGAACAAACCGGCUGAAGCACCUAAAGCACCAGAAAGAGCCCCAUUCUUUUUGCCAACAGUUGCAUCAUUAGAACUCAAAUUUGAUUUUUCGAACGUACAAAACGCGGAAACAAACAAGAAAGUGAUCUCGCAUCCCGACCUACAAAAUCUCACCGUUUUCAGUAAAGUUUUACUGCCUGUUAAGGACGAUAGAUUUGAGGAGGUUGUUGAAAGAUUGAAACAAAUGAGUCCAACUUCUAUAGAUUUUGAAAUUCAAUCAUUAUCAAUCGAUGAAAAAACGAGCAACUUAUUGUUACUUCAAUUUAUGAAAAUGAUACAUUACAUGAUGGAAAAGAAAACAGACUUUGAAUUAGCACAAGCAUACUUAUCCGUGUAUUUAAAAUGGCACGGAACUGCAAUUACGGAAACUGAAUCAUUGCGAAGUUAUCUAAACACGUUACAAGAAGUACAAUCAAGAAAUUGGUUUUUGCUAAGAGAUAAAUUGUUCUAUAAUCUUAGUGUUGUACAAGCUUUGAAAAAGAUGUAAUAUACUUUGAAACUGUAAAAUGAAUCAUUGUCUUGUACAUUUUCAAAUUAUACUAUGAAUCAGUUUAUAAAUAUACAUCGUAAAAGAA